GUUGAUUGGUUUUUUUUUAGACAUGGCCGGUGUUCAGUCUGCCCAGCCUACUCAAAAUGAUGUUUCUAAAACCAGCAGCGGUCAGGCUGAUGGAUAUGAGAAGAAGUGUAUUUUCUGCAAAGUUGUGAACAAUGAGAUGGGCACAGAACUCCUCCAUAGCGAUGAAGAGAUUUCCUGUUUCAGAGAUAUACAUCCUGGAGCUCCACAUCAUUAUCUGGUUGUUCCAACAAAACAUGUAGGGAACUGCAAGUCACUCAGCAAAGAGCAUUUGCCUUUGGUGAAGCGAAUGGUCGAAGUGGGGAAGGAGAUUCUUCAAAAACACCAAUUAACAGAUCUCACUGAUGUCAGGUUUGGUUUCCAUUGGCCUCCGUUCUGUUCUGUCACACACUUGCACCUUCACGUCCUGGCCCCUGCCAGUCAGAUGGGCUUCAUGUCCCGCCUCUUCUACAGACUCAACUCCUAUUGGUUCAUCACAGCAGAUCAGCUGAUUGAGCUUCUCAACUCCAAAGGAGAUGCCGACUGAUCACUGGAGUCCAUUUUUCUUGGCAGCUGGACGUUGACGAGGCGCUGGGCCGGCUGUCUGUUUUGCAGACGCCAUCUUGGAUGAUGCAGAUGUUAUUUUCUGUCUGGCUGCUGCUGAGAACAUUAUUUAAACUGAUAACACUGAAGGGAGGUCAUUUCUAGUUUUAGUGAAAUUCAAAGCCUGGUAAAGAUUGAAUGAAGACAACUUUAGUCUUCUGGUGUUUGAAAUGUGUCACAAAAACCUGAGAAGCACUUUAAUGUUGAAUAAUUUUACCAAGUGAAUUAAUUUGUAAUUAACUAGCCUCGUUAAAAAAAUCAUCCAUGUGGACCAAGGAGUAAUUCAUGUUAUUCUCAUUUAUUAUUUCUACAAAACCCUAGAGGUGUGUUAAAUAAAAUACGAGCUGUACUCUGAUAAUGCAGACAAUUAUCACCAUCACCAUAAAUUCAGAUCCAGAAACAGCAACGCAGCUUUCAGGCUGUUGCAUUUCCUGUCUUGCAUGAUUGCUUUUAUUUAUAAAUCUCAAGUUAUGCAUGUAAAACCAUAAAAUAUGACAUCAGAAGGAAAAUUGGUUUGUACAACUCAUAAUUGUCCUAACAGAUACUUUUAAUGUAUUCACAAAA